UUUAAGGCCCAGCCCGAGCGCGCCGGGACAAGUCCAGGUCACACUGCCUUCCAGCCAUGGGGGACACCUUCAUCCGGCACAUCGCCCUCCUGGGCUUCGAGAAGCGCUUUGUCCCCAGCCAGCACUAUGUGUACAUGUUCCUGGUGAAGUGGCAGGACCUGUCCGAGAAGGUGGUCUACCGGCGCUUCACGGAGAUCUACGAGUUCCACAAAACCCUAAAAGAAAUGUUCCCCAUCGAGGCGGGGGAUAUCAGCCCAGAGAACAGGAUCAUCCCCCACCUCCCAGCCCCCAGGUGGUUUGACGGGCAGCGGGCCACCGAGAGCCGCCAGGGCACGCUCACCGAGUACUGCGCCACGCUCAUGGGGCUGCCCGUCAAGAUCUCCCGCUGCCCCCACCUCCUGGAGUUCUUCAAGGUGCGCCCCGACGACCUCAAGCUCCCCACAGACGGCCAGACGAAGAAGCCAGAGACGUACCUGAUGCCCAAAGACAAAGACGGCAAGAAUAGUGUGGCGGACAUCACGGGCCCGAUCAUCCUGCAAACGUACCGCGCCGUCGCUGACUACGAGAAGAGCUCGAGCUCCGAGAUGGCCCUGGCCGUGGGCGACGUGGUGGACGUCGUGGAGAAGGGCGAGAGCGGCUGGUGGUUCUGCCAGAUGAAGGCAAAGCGUGGCUGGGUCCCGGCGUCCUUCUUGGAGCCCCUGGACAGUCCCGACGAGGCGGAGGAUCCGGAGCCCAACUAUGCAGGCGAGCCCUACGUCACCAUCAAAGCCUACGCUGCCGUAGAGGAGGACGAGGUGUCCCUGCUCGAGGGUGAAACCAUCGAUGUCAUUCAUAAGCUCCUGGACGGCUGGUGGGUCGUCAGGAAAGGAGACGUCACGGGUUACUUCCCGUCCAUGUAUCUGCAGAAGUCAGGGCAGGACCAGGCCCAGGCCCGACGCCAGAUCACGAAACGAGGGGCGCCGCCCCGCAGGUCGACCAUCCGCAACGCGCAAAGCAUCCACCAGCGGUCGCGGAAGCGCCUCAGCCAGGACGCCUACCGCCGCAACAGCGUGCGCUUCCUGCAGCAGCGGCGCCAGGCGCGGGGCCCGCAGGGCGCGGGGAGCCCGCUGCAGGAGGAGCCGCAGCCCCAGCGCGCGAAGCCGCAGCCGGCUGUGCCCCCGCGGCCCAGCGCCGACCUCAUCCUGACCCGCUGCAGCGAGAGCACCAAGAGGAAGCUGGCGCCCGCCGUCUGAGGCCCCGCCGCGCCGGGCAGCCCCGCCACCUCCCGCCCCUGUCCCUGUGUGUACGCGUGCUACCGUGUUUCCCCGAAAAUAAGACUGGGUCUUAUAUUUAUUUUUCCUCAAGAAGACGCCCUAGGGCUUAUU